AUGGCCUACUGCCGGCAGGAAGGGAAGGAUCGAAUCAUAUUUGUGACCAAAGAAGACCAUGAAACUCCAAGCAGUGCGGAGCUGGUGGCUGAUGACCCCAAUGACCCUUACGAGGAGCACGGACUGAUCCUGCCCAACGGAGACAUCAACUGGAACUGCCCGUGCCUGGGGGGCAUGGCCAGCGGCCCGUGUGGGGAACAGUUCAAGGCAGCCUUUUCCUGCUUCCACUACAGCACAGAGGAUGUCAAGGGGUCGGACUGUAUAGACCAGUUCCGAGCCAUGCAGGAGUGCAUGCAGAAGUACCCGGACCUCUAUCCCCAGGAGGAGGAGGAGAAGCCAGCGGAUCAAUUAGAGGAAACAGCUGUCUCUGAAGCCGCCACAACCAAAGAAGAGGAGGGGUCUAGCUAA